ACGUGCUUGGUGCAAGCGCAUGGUGAAAGUGAGAUCCCAGCGGGACCAAUAUUCAACUUCUCUCACUUAUCCACACGUCUGCGAGAAAAUGUCUGAGGCAAACGGUGCUCCAAAGAAAGGCGUUCUGGAGAGGCUGAAGGAGGGAGUGGUGGUGGGAGACGGCGGCUUCGUCUUUGCCCUUGAGAAGCGCGGUUACGUGAAGGCGGGACCAUGGACCCCUGAGGCAACUGUCGAGCACCCUGAGGCUGUCCGCCAGCUUCACCGUGAGUUUGUUCGUGCUGGUGCAGACGUCUGUCAGACGUUCACCUUUUACGCCAGCGACGACAAGCUGGAAAACCGUGGAAACUACGCCAACAAGACUCACACAGGGUCCAAAAUCAACCAAGCGGCAUGCGACAUAGCCAAGGAGGUUGCAGACGAGGGCGGCUGCCUUGUUGCCGGCGGCAUCUCCCAGACCCCAACCUACCUGAGUGGGAAGGGGAAAGAGGCCGUCCAGGCCGAGUUUCGCAAGCAAAUCAAGAUUUUUGUCGCCAACGAUGUGGACUUCCUGCUUGCUGAGUACUACGAGCAUGUGGAAGAAGUGGAGUGGGCCAUUGAGGUGCUGAAGGAGACUGGGAAGCCAGUGGCAGCCAACAUGUGCAUUGGGCCGGAGGGAGACAUGCACGGGGUGUCUGCUGGGGAGUGUGCUGUGCGCAUGGCGCGGGCUGGAGCCGACAUUGUGGGCAUCAACUGCCACUUUGACCCGUUUGUGUGCCUGGAGGGCAUGAGGAAAAUGAAGGCAGCGCUCGACAAGGCCGACCUCCAUCCUUACCUGAUGGUACAGCCCCUGGCAUACAUGACUCCUGAUGCAAGCAAGCAGGGCUUCAUCGACCUGCCAGAGUUCCCAUUCGCACUGGAGCCCCGCGUGUGUAGCCGCUGGGAGAUCCAGAAGUUUGCCCGUGAGGCAUAUGAGCUGGGGAUCCGGUAUAUAGGCGGCUGCUGUGGGUUUGAGCCCUACCACAUCAGGGCGGUAAGCGAGGAGCUCAGCAAGGAGAGGGGAGGUUUCAUGCCUGAAGGCUCCCAGAAGCACGACCAGUGGGGACUGGGUCUGCGUCUGCACACAAAGCCAUGGGUUCGUGCCAGGGCCCGUCGUGAGUACUGGGAGAACCUGAAGCCGGCCAGCGGUCGCCCCUUCUGCCCCUCCUGCUCCAAACCCGACAACUGGGGCGUCACAGCCGGCGACGACAUGCUCAAACAGAAGACAGAGGCCACCACAGAGGAGGAGAUCAAACAACUGGCAGCAAAAAUGAGAGACACUGUCUCACUUAAUCAUGUGUCCUUAAUAAGGGAACACGCUACUUUCCAAUUACUAGGAAGAAUCCAAACUUCAGUUAUUUUAGUAAAGACUUCAACCAAAGAAGCACUGCAGACAUAAGCUCAUAUUUUUAGGUCGUCUUUAUUUUCUGAAAGGUACAUGCAAACAUGAGGGGUUGAGUGGCUGACACUUGGAUUCAGGGGGAUUGAGACCAUACUUCAGUAUCUGCUGGCUUCUGUGAAGCUUGCUCUCUUCACCCAAGUGCCUUACUGCCUACUGGAAAUCACAAUGAUUGACUAUAGGAAUGUACCAUUAUCAAUUGUGGGGUAAGUUGUGUAAGUAAGAAAACGUUCCAAAGGGCAAGUAGAUCUUUAAAAAGAUGCACAGUUUGAAAGAGACUUUGACAAAAUGCACCCACUCAAAUGAAUUCGUGAGUACUGGAAUUAAAAUAUACAUGACUGUAUAUCUAACAAUGCAAAUAGUGUUCUGGAUGUAGUACUUACCUUGUCUGACAAGAUUGAAUAACUUAGAAUGAAUCCUAAGAUCUGAAUGUUUUAUAGGGAUGAGGAUUUAGAGAUGUUUGGAGAUAGUACAAUGCAAAGGAAUUUUUUUAAUAUAGCACACUGCCACUAUUUGGGGAUAUCACAUAUACAUGUGUAGACAUGUCAUUUUUUUUAUAAAGUUCACCUCAAUGAAGCAUCUGAAGCACUUAAGCAAUAACCUAGACUACCAAAUACCAAUCUGAGAAAUACCAAAACAGUAAAUAUGAAUCUACACAGUACUUACUUUUUUUCUGAACAACCAUCUGUAGGAAAUGAAUUCUGUACAAGAACUUUAUUUUCUGUGUUGCUUGCUCUUUAUUUGUGCACAAGUUGUGGAUGUUCAUAGGACGACACUUGGACCAUUACUGUGAGUCGGUGAUAUUUUUCUGGUAGAAGUUUUAACACUAAUCCUAUUGUCAAGACGUUGUAGUGUUCGUGAUUUGAGAAUAAAGAAUAUUAGCUAAA